AUGCUUACCCUGAAACUCUUCGUUUAUACCGUAGUAAUAUUUUUUGUUUCUCUCUUUAUCUUUGGAUUCUUAUCUAAUGAUCCGGGGCGUAAUCCUGGACGUGAAGAAUAA